GUUUUACUACUGUCAUUUUCCACCUAUCAAUUUAGAGAUAAACUGUUUCAUUUUCCUUCUCUAUAUCGUCGCGAUGGAUUUCCACAGUCUGCCGAGAAGAGAUCUUCAGUUUUUCUGUAAGAAGAACAAAAUCCCGGCCAAUAUGACCAAUAUCGCCAUGGCUGAUGCUCUCAAAGCUCUUGAGAUUGUUGACGGUAUUGACGAGUUCGUGAAUCAAUCGGAGUCUACUCGUGACCAAUCACCAACCAGUGUAGCAAAGAAUUUGCCAAGUGCUGCUCGUACCGCAGCUAGAACAACUCGAAGAAAGACCAAAGAUGAAACUCAACAAUCAGACUUGGUGACCCGUUCUUGUCUUGUGACGAGCAAGUCCCUAGCUGGAGAACUGGAACAAGAAAACAGGAACACGAACGUGCUCCAGAAUCCAUCAGUACCUCAAAGCCGUAGAAGAGCUGCAGCUACCUCAAUUGCUAUUAACUUGGAGGGUACAGAUAUGAAGUCUGAAAACAAUGUGAUCAAAACUCCAGCGGCGCGAAGCACGAGAAGGGCUCAGUCAGCUGCGUCUUCUAAGAAGGAUGAGUCGGUCCAACGGGUGUACAGCACUAGAAGGUCUGUCAAAUUACUAGAAGAAUCCAUGGCCGACCUGAGUUUGAAGACUAAGGAAUCCCUAAAUGUACUUCCAAAGAAGAAUGAAGAUGCUGAAAGAGAAAAUUCCCCAGAAGGUUCCGAGUUCAAGGCAAAAUCAGAUGACAACUCUGAAAAAACCGAGGACGCUGAAGUUAUCUCGGUGAGAGAUUUAAAUGCUUCGUUGGAGAAGGAAUGUGAUGGUUCGAAGAAUGAUCCAGAUCUUGAUAUUUUAUAUGGUGAUCUUGGCGAUAUCACUUUCUCUGAUGCAAACACCAGUACGGAACAGAUGAAUGGAAUAGAGUCCAGUACCGUUCCAACAUUGCAGGAGGAUGAUUUUGUAGUUGUAGGCCAUGAAGCUUCUUGCAACAAACAAUCAGAGUCUGAACAAAUGAAGAAUGUUUCUGAGUCUAACGUCUCUGCUAGUGGUAAUGUGAGUAUGGUAAACUCCGUUCCGACAGUUCUGAUAGCUGAUGAAUCGAAAGACCUCGAAUCAUAUAAUGACUCAGGCGAGAGCUGCGAGUCUGAUGAGGUGGCUCUAGUUUCCGACAAGAAGACGACUCAAGAUGCUUCUUCUUCUACACCUCAUGAUGAGAAAGAGCUCGAAACAGACAGCGAAUGGUCCGAAUCCGACUUUGAGAUAAGCGAUGUGGAGGAAAACAUAUACGGAUCCAAAGAACUGAUUGGUUCUGAAACAGAAGAGGCUCUUAUUUCAUUUGAAGCAGGAUCAGUCUCAGAUCCAAAUAAUUCAGCUUCAAAUCUGGUUGCAGACAUCAACAACAAGAACAAUGAGAAUGCUGAGGAGAUAGUUCUUGGGGAGAGAGAAUCCGAGGCCGAGGCUAAGAAGACGAAGAAGAAACCAAUCGAUGAAGAGAGCCUCAAAGACGUAAGCAUGAGGCAACUAACGAAAAUGGUGAAAGAACUUGCUCUUAAGAGCAAGCAACAGCACAAGUGCGCAGAGUAGGAGAAGAAACUCUUGCCUAUUUGAAUCAGUUCCUUCUCGCUGGAGGAGAAAAAAAUUGUUUCUUUUGUUUCAUCAAGGUUUUUUUGAUUUCCUUAUUCCAUAAACUCAAACCGAAUU